AUGGAAGGCGAGGGUAUCUGGUCUGAUCCCCUGCCUGUGGAGGGAAGUGCAUGGGAGGGUGGGCUCCGUUGGGGUGAUUCGCAUGCUGCAGUGGGGGAUUCGCGGAGCAAACAGUGUGUUACAAACGCGGGUGAUACUAUCGAGGGUGAUGCAUGGACGUUUGACGAUGCUGAAGGUGCGGGGUGUGAUGACGAGGUGUUGGGGAGCUGGGUGGGUGAGAUGGACGAGGGCGAUGGGGAGGUGGCGGAGGAGAGAAGCGAGGAAUGGGAAGGAGGGAUGGGACUGGGGAUGGGGAUGGGUUUUGAAAGCACGUGGUCUCGUGGUGCGUCAGCGUUCCCCCCAGGAGCUGCUUCUGCUGAAUUCGAGCCUGCUGAAACUGCUGAACCUGCUGGGCCGGCCAGUGACAGUGCUGCGUCCGUUGCCGGCAUUGCAGCAAGGCAGUCAGCAGGCAGGACGAACAGCACUGCUGGUGGGGCGUUCGGCAGUGCGGCACCGCCUGCCGGUGGUGGUGAUGCGGGUGGGGGGGCGUGCUGGAGUGCGGAGGAGGUGAAGCGGAUUAUGGCGUCUCUGGAGCAGCAGAGCCAGAGGGUGCUGCUGGCGCAGCAGAGGAAGCAGAGUAGAGAGAGGGGCCAGUUGGAGCAAGAUGGCGUGGGGAGGUGGAUGGGGAUGGGUAACGGUGAUGAUGUGGGUGGUAGGGAUGUGGUUGAUGAGCUGGCGAAGGGUCAUGCUGAGGUGGCGCGGGGCGAAGGUGUGGGAGGUUUAGGGCGGGAAGAUGGGGGUGGGACGUUCUUUGAUGAGGCGAAGGAGCUGGAGCGAGAUCUGGUGGCGCGAUGGGGUCGAGACGGGGAUAGAGGUGCCUGCGAUGAGGGCUCUGAGUGGACGCAAGAGGGCGUCAAGGGCGAGAGGAGAGAUGAGGGACAGGGAGGGGCCAGGGACGAUGGAGAUAGUGCGAGGGGAGGAGGGGAGGAGGAAGGGAGGACGUUCUUUGAUGAGGUGGCGGGGCUGCAGGAGGAACUAAAGGGGAUGGAGGGGGUGCAGGGGUUGACGGGGUUGCAGGAGCUGCAGGGAGUGGCGGUGGAGGAGGGGUUUGUGUCAAGUGCACUUGAGGGAUCAGAGCCGGGCAGAGCUACCAGCGCCAUCACCUGCAGCACCUGCAGCGGUAGUAUUGAUACCACUGGCAUCACCAGCAAUGGCAGCAAGAGCACCCGCUCUGGCUUCUCGUUUGAAGGCGCGUGCUCCUUUUCCACAGGCUCCGGCGCUCUUCCACCUCUAGCGGCGCUUCCAGCACUGUGUGAAGCAGCACCAAGAGGAGCGCUGGAAUGCGGUAUGCAGAAGAAGAGUGGAGUGGCGGUGGGGCCUCAGGGAGUGGAGCAGGGGAGGGUGCAUCGGGGGAAGGCACAGCUGGGCUCGCGUGGUGGUGCCAAAGGGAGGCUGAGAGGCAGGGGUUUCAAACGGGGAUUUCUGCUGGGUGGGGAGGACAGGACAGGGAAGGAGAAGGGUAGUGGUGUGCUGGGUGAGAGUGUGGUGGAGGGAGCGUGGAAAGAAAAGGACGGUGGUCGUGCCAGCCCUGUUAGUGGGGGCAGUCCUGGUAGUAUUGACAGCAACGUUGGUGGCGGUGGUGCUGCGGGUGCUGCUGCUGGUGUGGAUGCACCUGUUGCAUCGCCCUCGCAUGCACCACAAGCCGCACACGCCACACCUGCUGCAUCCCCCACGGACGAGGCGCAAGCAGUGUUCGCACGUGUGCACCCGCUCUGCGUGGCUGUGGUGGACGCGCAGGGGGACCACCAGCAGCUGCCACAUGCCAUACAGCGAUUAGAAGAGGCGAUUGGGCACAGGGACGUGCCUGUGGGGGGGCUUCAAGCAUGCCUUGACAAAGCACCCUUCAACCGCAUCACGCCUUCCACUAACACCACGCCUCCCCUUCCUUCUUUCCUGGUUUCUUUCCCCCCCGCUUCUCUCCCUUCACGUCACCAGGUUUAUCCUCUUCCCGCUCUUGCUCGUACUGUCUCCACCCACCCUAGCCUCCACUCCCUCCUCUUCCAAGCCGCCUGCAUCAGCUGCGGCAGGCGAAGGCUGGGCCAGCAGCACAGAGAACGAUCAUGCGGCUGGAAUCACGCCACGUGGCAGGCAGCGAGUGGUGGAGGCAGCCCUGAGCUGCAUGCACGUGGCACUGACCCGCUGCGCCCAUCGGCAGCGCUUGCAAGCAUGUCGGGCAUUGCACAGUCAGAGGAGGCUCGGCUGCUGGCAGUGCGCUGCCUCUCCGCCCUCCUCUCCCACCUCCCUCGCUGCUCGCCCUCCUCCUGCUGCUGCGCUGCUGCUACAAGCGGCCAAAGCACCAGUGCGAGCAGCAAUAGCAGCAGCAAGAGCAGUGGUAGCGGUGCGAGCAGCAAGUGUGUGGCGGGUGUGCUGCAGGCGCAGGAGGCAGCACCGCUGCUGGGUCACCUGCUCUCCAACAUGCUCGCAGCAGCAGAGGCGGAGGCUUGGGUGGGCACGAGGGGCAGCCAGGUGGUUCGGGUGGAGGCACUGCGAGCCGUGCGCCUGCUGGUGGAUGGGGUGAGCCGUGGAGCAUUGCAUUCCACUCGGCUGCAUGCGUGCAUGGUUGCAUUGCGUGUGGCAGGGCUUGCACAUGGUUCCUGUCUGUGCUACCAGCUACAUCAAUGCCAGCGUCUCCUGUCGCUUCCAUGUUCCUGCGCCCCUCUUCUCCCACCCUCUCGCACACACACACACCUGACUUCUCACCCUUCUCUUAUCUGCUGUUGUACUGCUCCCUGCCCUCGUCCGCACCCCAUUCCGUUUGAUACUGCACACGCAUCACACUCGCAGGCGCACACGCCCGCCGCGCUCGCCUUCUUCCUCCCGGGGAUCCUCAGUGGCCUCUCCCGCGCCGCCCUCGCCCCCUUCUCCCCACGCUCCAAUGAGCCGCUCACACGUGGCGCCGCAGCGGACCCCUCCGCAGUGGCCGAGGCGCUGCUUGGCCUUUCACAGGCGCUAGUGCUGGUCAUGGGGGAUGCUUAUGACGAGGAUGGACAUGACGAGGGUAAAGGGGAGGAGAAUGAGCAAGGGAGUGAGAGAUGGGAGACAGAGGAGGAGAGGGCUUUGAGCAUGCUGCAGCAGAUGGUGGGUCGCAUGGAGGGGAGGAAGGGGGAGGGGAGGAAGGGAGGAGAAGGAGAGGAGGAUUGGUUGGGAGAGCAGGGGGUGGGGUCAGAAGGGGAGCUGCAAGGAGAAAAGGCAAGCGGCACAGCAGGGACGGGGGAAGGCGCGGUGAUACUGAGGGAAGAGGUGCAGGGAAGGGUGGGAGGGGGAGGAGACGGCAGGGCAAGGGGGGCAGGAGGAGGGGCGGGGAGAGGGGUGAUGGUGCUGCGGGUGGAGAUGGACGAGGCGUGGCGCAGGGAGACAGGCGCCAAGGUGCUCGUGCUGCUGCACAAAGUGCUUCCCAAGAUGCUGCACUUCCCCGCCCCCAAGGAGUGCGUCCUCCUCCUCGCCUCUGACCACUGGCCCUCCGUCGCGUCCUCUGCUCGCCGCCUCCUUGCCCGUGCUGUCAUCACUGAGCACAAGCCAGCACCGCCAUCAUUACCACCAGUAGCAGCGGCUACUGGUGGGGCAGUGCCUCAGAAGUGUAUAGGCACAAGGGUGCAUCGAGGUGGCGAAUGUAGCUCUGGCGGAGAUGGUGGAGAGGUGCGUCUUGUUCCCUCGAGGAGGGUAAUUGCUUUUCUGCACGAGAGCGUGCGUAUUUGUUGCACACUUGCUCGCGCGCACGUGGAGGUGCGUGCGCCCACCUCUCUCUUUCUUGAGCACAUGGCAUCCCUCGCAACUCCCGCCCCCGCCCACCUCUCAUUCCCGCCCUCCUCCCUGCCCCUCCACUCCCCGCUGCUUCCAUCGCCCACCCUCUCCACCGUCUCCCCUGUCGCCUCCGCCUCGCACCUGCAAGCCACCACGGUCUCACUCCGAGUGCUCGCAGCGGGUGUCAUCACAGCAGGGCGUCUGCCCACCGCGCAACACAUCCUGGACCCGGCCUUCUCUGCGCGCCUCUCCACGGCCAUCUCUCUGCAUCUGCCCUUUGCACCCGGCAGCCCCCACACGCUCGAGUCCUCCCCUGCUCCUGCCCUCGCGCUUUCACCACUGCUGGGCUCAGCUGUUGCGUCAGGUGAAUCCCCAGGUGUUAUGCCAGCCAGCCCACGUGCUCCAUCAGCACUGCGCUCUGCAGCCACAGGAGAGGAGAGCGAGGAGGAGCGAUGGCGACGGUG